CUCCAAUUUAGGGAGGUUGAUUUGAUUUGGGUUUCUUUUUAUUCCUCCCUCUGCAGACCAUCUUGAUUCAAAACAUCUACCGUAACCCCCAAAACAGUGCACAGACGGCCGACGCGUCUCGCUACCAUUGCCCUCUUGAACAUUUACCGUAACCCACAAAACAAUGCCCAGUCUGCAGAUGGUUUACAGAGUGCUGUGAGUGAUGUGGAAAUGCAGGAGCAUUAUGACCAGUUCUUCGAGGAGGUCUUUACGGAGAUGGAGGAGAAAUAUGGAGAGGUGGAGGAGAUGAACGUUUGUGAUAACCUCGGAGAUCAUCUAGUGGGAAACGUUUACGUCAAGUUUCGCCGUGAGGAGGAUGCGGAGAAAGCGGUGAAUGACCUGAACAACCGCUGGUUCAACGAGCAGCCCAUCCACGCGGAGCUGUCUCCCGUCACCGACUUCAGAGAAGCCUGCUGCCGCCAAUAUGAAAUGGGCGAAUGCACAAGAGGAGGCUUUUGUAACUUCAUGCACCUGAAGCCCAUCUCUCGGGAGCUCCGCAGAGAACUGUAUGGGCGCCGCCAGAAACCGCACAAUUCCCGUGAACGCUCCGGUGAACGCUCUGGUGAACGCUCCCGUGAGCGGCGUUCUCGUUCUCGUGACCGAGGCCGCCGUGAUCGCAAGAAGAGGAGAUCGAAGGAUCGAGAACGUUCAGGAAGAUUCUGAGCACAGCCGCGAUGCCCCUUCUUUCCUGUCACUCCCCAUCUUCCCUUGUCCCUACAGUUCUGAACCAGUCGACCCCACCAAAAUGUCCUACUUUCCUACGAAUUUUUUCCUUCUCCACAUUUUUCUUUUGCUCAUUUUUGGAAGAUACAACCCAAGAAGCCUUAUUUCUCAAUAAAUGACUUUGUAGUUAUUCUGGACAAAGUCCUUUUCUUUCCACAAAGUUUCACUAAUGCCAACGUGUAAUGCUUUAGUGUUUCUGGUUAACUGUUAAUGGUGAAGGCCUGAGGAUUGCAGUGAACAACAGGCAGUUACCAAGGCAACAAAUGCCAGUUUCAUUGGCCAAUAUGUUUUCACUGAGGUAAAAUGUGUAUCUCCUCCUUAGAGAAGAGUGCAUGCUCAAGUGCAUUGCACCUAACUUUUUCCUAACACACGAGUGACCGAAACAAAUCAAAGGAUUCAGGCUUCAUUUGUCAUUGUUUUUGCACAAUUGGUAUAUUCACUUAAUAUGGUGGAAAAAGGAAUGUAAGUUGUAAGGCAAUUUAAGUUCAAUAGGUUGUAUGAUUAAUUCCAGAACAUAAGUCUCAUCUGGAAGUUAAUGGUAUUUGCUACCCUAACCUUGAAACAUCUGUUGGUAUACAAAUAAAAAACAAAACAAUCUUAACAUCUCUGUUCCUCCCAGGUGAGCAUGUCAAUUUGUAUAAUCUUGAACCAUCCUGAAAGGUUCUCAAAACAUUUCCUUGUGAAACCCCUAAACGGCCAUCUGCUUGGUAGCGUAAGGAUUUUUACCUUCUAAAGGCCAGGUGUACUUUCUUCCACACAUUUUCAUCUUGGAGAAAAUGGUUAUUCCCAAUAUCAUUAAACUUCUCAACCAUUA